CUCCUCCCACUCUGGCAAACGGCUUUGCUGCACCCCAACCUGUCAUUCGUUGUGUAUCGAUCCAGUUGCCUGUCUCUCUCUCUCUCUGAUCUGGCCAUCUACCUGCCCAUCAUGCUUUUCAAGUCUACGCUAGCUCUCUCGCUUGUCUUGUCGGCAGACGCGUUCGCCGUUCGACGUGGCGCAAACGACUGGUCUGCCCCGACUGCUGCUGACCGCCGCAGCCCGUGUCCCAUGGUCAACUCUCUAGCCAAUCACGGCUACCUGCCUCGUACCGGGUUGAACAUCUCUCUGGCAGAUCUCAUCGUGGGCUUUACUGCCGCUGUGAACUUGGAUCCCGCCGCAACCACACUGGUUGGACAGAAGGCUCUCCUUACGUCUACCACUGGCAACAACGCCACCUUCAACCUGGACGACCUCAACACUCACGGAGUCAUCGAACAUGAUGGCAGUUUGAGCCGCAACGACAUCUAUUUUGGCGACAACCAUUCCUUCAACCAAACCAUUUGGGAGUCCGUGGCAUCUCACUUCACUGAGCCGACAAUCUCAAUCCCCACUGCGGCAAAGGCUAGAAAGGCCCGUCUUCAGGCUGCCGCCAGUGUCAACCCGGAGUUCACCCUGACGGCCGAUGGUGCUCAGUUCAGCUUUAUCGAGACUGCUCUUUACCUCUCUGUGUUUGGCAACUUGGAUAACGGCGAUGCCGACACCGAAUGGGUCAAGGUUCUCUUUGGGGAAGAGCGUCUGCCUUUUGAGGAAGGGUUUUCUAGGUCGACUUCGCCAAUCACUGCAGCAGGAAUUCUUGGCUUGGUUGGCAAGGUUGCGGCAGCAAGUGCCUAACGGAUGUAUCCAGGCCAUCGAAUCCCGAUCUAUUACUCUUGUACCCAGCCAAGGCCCGGGGGUGGCGCUGAAAAUGAUAUACCGAAUGAAAACAUGAGUAUCGAGAAUUUUGUGGGCAAUGACAAAGAACCACUUCCUCUUAACCAGCAACAUGUCUGAAGUGGUGAUGGACUGCUAAUUACAGUGCCAUUUGAGGGUCCUCUUUUAUGUUCUUCAAACCUUGGUCAAAAUCAGCGUUCAUGGUGAUGAUGACAAAAUCGUAGUUACUGGAAUAAGUCUCAGCUCGAUGCGUUGCGGCUAUGAGUCCUGGG